UACAUUCUUAAGGAUAUAUUUGUGUGAUAUGUAGCUGCUUGAUUGUGCAAUAAUACGGUAAAAUAAUCCAAAUGUGGCAGAUUUUCUUAUGCAAAAAAAAUAUUUUUAACCUAUGCAAAUAAGUUUCAACAGUCACAUCUACAUAGCAAAGAGAAUAAACCAACUCAUUCAGGUGAAGGGUUUUUUUUUUUUCCUGCAUCCCCUGCUCUGUCUCUUUAACCAGCAGGCUCACUGUCACUCUGGUCCCUCCCAUUCCUGCAGCCCCUCUCCAGUGCUGCUGGCCUGAGAUGGGAGCGCACACAGCGGCACCAUCAUCACGGCCGAAGAAACGGGAUAAAGCUGGGGGGAAGAACAGAAGAGGAAAAAACACACACAACAAAACCAUAAUUAAGGUGGAAAAAUGGGAUAACUACAGAUUUUCUUCACUUCGGGAUCUCUCACCAGUUUGAUCGCGUCCUCUGGAGAAACUCAGAUGUUGGCGUCGCUUGCGUUUUGCGCUUUUUUUAUCCAUUCUCCUUGAGAGCGCCGCUGGUACAAAGGCGCUUGGUCCUGAGCAGCAGCACCACCUGGGAUUACUGGCGUAUGAAUGGGCAAAGAAGAAGAAGUGAUCGGACCUGCUGUCGUGGAUAAAUGGUUAGACACAGUCAGUGAGUAAGACUAAGCAGGAUUAAAAACACUUUCUUCUCUCUUUCUCUCUCUCUCUCUCCAUGGGAGCCUGAUCACUACUGACAGAUGCUGUCAUUGUGUCGAGGCUGAGAUUGGAAAAAAAAGAAGAAGACAUUCUUCUUCUAAAAGUGGCCUUUUUUUGGAAUAAUGCAUGAGAAAUAUUCCAGCUUUUUAUUCCUCUUUAUGCCUCACGCAUUCCCAGCUCUUCCUCUGCCUGAACAGCCGGUUUCUCUUAUUCAGAAUGGGAUGCAUUAUUGCUUCUGCGCAACCCACGACAAGUGUCAGCAAAUAGGCUGUGUGUCUGUGAACGGGUUACCUAAAGGCCUGUUCUAAACACUGCUUUUUAAACUGUAGGUGGCCAUUGUUGUCGAGAAGGAUUCUGUGGAGAGCUGGACUAUUUAAAAAAAAAAAAAAAAAAAAAAAAGGACUAACAGUGCGCUCUUGGCAUCAUCCAUCCAAUCUGUGUGAACAGAGUCAGUCAAAAAUAAUUUAAGCAUAAUAUGGUGGAGCCUGUGGGUUUCAUCGAAGCGUGGAAAGCGCAAUUCCCAGAGUCAGAGCCCCCCAAGAUGGAGCUGCGGUCCGUUGGAGGCAUCGAGCAGGAGCUGGAGAAGUGCAAAGCGUCCAUCAGGCGCCUGGAGCAGGAGGUGAACAAGGAACGCUUCCGCAUGAUCUACCUGCAGACCCUCCUGGCCAAAGAGAGGAAGAGCUAUGACAAGCAGCGGUGGGGCUUCAGGAAGACGCCGCUGAAUGAGGGGGUUGACGCGGCCACACAGGGAGCCGAGUGCCAGUCUCAGCAGCCUCACAUGCAGGAGACCGGUGGAGUUGGAGUAGUAGUAGGAGGAGGAGGAGGAGGAGGAGGAGGUGGUGGUGGAGGAUACGGGGCUGGUUGUGGGGGUGUUGGAGAUAGGAGUCGUUAUCAGGCACUUGGAGAUGGAGCUGGCAGGUCCAAACCCAGGCCUCCACCAGCAAGGAAGUCGGCCUCCCACGGAGACGGCCUGGAGUCAGCCUUUGAGGUACCCCAACAGGCCGAGUCGACAUCCUGCGACAACCUAGAUGGACUCUCGCCGUCAAAACAGAGAGGCGGCAUCUCCGUCUCCCCCCGCAGGCCCAACCUCCCGCCCCCAGACAAGGAGCUGCCCUCUGACCCCAAGGACAAGCUGGGGAUGGGACUUGGCGUGGCAGCUCUUAGGUCCAACUUUGAGAGAAUCAAACGGGCCAACUCUCACUCUGCAGGCGACGUAGCCAAGGGCCAGGAGAAGCAGCUGCCCCCGCCACCGCCACCGUUCUACUCCAACAUGGAAUUCCAUCACGAGAGGGGUCUGGUCAGGGUCAACGACCGUGACGUCUCUGACAAGAUCAGCACCCUGGGCAGCCAGGCCAUGCAGAUGGAGCGAAAGAGGUCCCUUCACUCCCUCCCAGGUAACCUGGCAACGGUGGCAGGGGAGCUCCGUGCCAGACCGGUGUAUAGAGGUCGGUCCACUGAGAGCACGUGCGGCUAUGAUGCGGAGUAUGAAGAUGGAGAACCCAACCAGCGACAUUCAGGGAGGGCAAAUGGUGGCAAACCUCCACCCCCACCUUGGCAGCCCUCCGAGUUCCAAGCCUACUCUAGUGUCUAUGUUGGUGGGGUGAUGAUGGGUGAAGGCGGCGGUGGAGAUGGGAGAAGUGGCGGUAGUAGUGGAGGUGGUGGUGUUGGUGGAGUCACAAUGAGAGACCUUGGGGGUGGUGAUGACCACCUCCUGACCUGGCCACGCCGCUCCUACUCCCCGGGGAGCUUUGAGGAUGUGGGUGGAGGCGGCGGCUACACGCCAGACUGCAGCUCCAAUGAGAACUUGACGUCCAGCGAGGAGGACUUCUCCUCAGGCCAGUCCAGCCACGUCUCACCGAGCCCCACCACGGCCUUCCGUCGACCCUUUAGAGAAAAGAGCCGGUCGCCGUCCCAAAACUCCCAGAAUUCCCAGCACUCCUUCGACAGCAGCAGCCCUCCGACGCCGCAGUCCCAGAAGCGUCACCACCGGCAGCAGGGAGGCCAUGUGGUCAUGUCGGAAGCCACUAUUGUGAGCGUUCGCAAGACUGGUCAAAUCUGGCCACCUGCUGCCCAUCAUGACCUCCUGCCCCAUGGUAGAACAUCCCACGACAACAGUUUCCAUGGAGACCACCUAGAUGGUCAUUUCACUGGAACCCCUCCCACGUACGGUUAUGACGCAGACCGCGCAGAGGAGCAGCGCAGGCACCACGACAUCCUGCCGUACAUCGAUGACUCGCCGUCAUCCUCGCCGCACCUCAGCUCCAAGAGCCGCAGUAGCCGGGACACCCUCUCUUCUGGAUCGUUAGAGUCCUCCAAGUCGACUGAAUGUGACCUGGAAAAGGGUUUGGAGAUGAGGAAGUGGGUCCUGUCUGGGAUCUUGGCCACAGAGGAAACAUACCUCAGUCACCUGGAAGCACUGCUGCUGCCCAUGAAGCCUCUGAAGGCUGCAGCUACGACGUCGCAGCCUGUGCUCACUGUGGCCCAGAUAGAAACGAUCUUCUUCAAAGUGCCUGAGCUCUACGAGAUCCACAGGGAGUUCUACGACGGACUUUUCCCCCGCGUCCAGCAGUGGAGCCACCACCAGAGAGUCGGAGACCUCUUCCAAAAACUGGCUAGCCAGCUUGGAGUUUACAGAGCAUUUGUGGAUAACUAUGAGCUGGCUGUGGAGACGGCGGAGAAGUGCUGCCAGGCUAACACACAGUUUGCAGAAAUCUCUGAGAACCUAAAGGUGAGGAGCCCAAAGGACUCUAAGGACCAGACUGCCAAGAACUCCUUAGAGGCGUUGCUGUAUAAACCAGUGGACAGAGUGACUCGCAGUACAUUGGUGCUUCAUGACUUGCUCAAACACACUCCCACCAGCCACCCGGACCACCCGCUUCUGCAGGACGCCUUGCGGAUCUCUCAGAACUUCCUGUCCAGCAUCAACGAGGAGACGACGCCCCGACGCCAGUCUAUGACUGUCAAGAAAGGAGAGAACCGCCAGCUUCUGAGGGACAGUUUCAUGGUGGAGCUGGUGGAGGGAGCGAGGAAGCUGCGGCAUGUCUUCCUCUUCACCGAUCUGCUGCUCUGCGCUAAGCUGAAGAAACAGAUCGGAGGUAAAAACCAACAGUAUGACAGUAAGUGGUACAUCCCCCUGUCUGAGCUGACCUUCCAGGGCCCAGAGGAGACCGAGCCUCUUACCAUCCCCCAGGUCCCAGAUGAAGAGCUCGACGCCAUGAAGGUCAAGAUCUCACACCUCCGCAGUGAGAUCCAGAGAGAGAAGAGAGCCAACAAGGGUUCAAAAGUCAUCGACCGUCUCAGGAAGAAGCUGUCUGAGCAGGAGUCUCUGCUCUUGUUAACGUCUCCGAGCAUGCCCCUCAGAGUCUACAAUAAGAACGGCAAGAGUUACAGUUUCCUGAUUUCAUCUGACUAUGAACGUGCAGAGUGGAGGGAGAUAAUCAAGGAACAGCAGAAGAAAUGUUUUAAAACGUCCUCCUUGACUUCCAUGGAGCUGCAAAUGUUGACUAGCUCCUGUGUCAAACUGCAGACUGUCCACCACAUUCCACUUAGCAUCAACAAAGAAGAGGAUGAAUCCCCCGGUCUCUACGGGUUCCUGAAUGUAAUCGUCCACUCUGCCUCCGGCCUCAAACAGAGCUUGAAUCUCUAUUGCACAUUGGAGGUGGAUUCCUUUGGUUUCUUUUCAAAUAAAGCUAAGACGAGAGUGUAUCGAUACACUACUGAACCCAAAUGGAAUGAGGAGUUUGAGAUUGAGUUGGAGGGCUCUCAGACCCUGAGGCUGCUCUGCUACGAGAAGUGUUACAACAAGACCAAGCAGAACAAAGAGGAUGGAGAGAGCACAGACCGCAUCAUGGGGAAAGGACAGAUCCCGCUUGACCCCCAGACUCUCCAAGGCAAGGACUGGCAGAGAACAGUUAUUCCCAUGAAUGGGAUCGAGGUUAAACUUUCCAUGAAGUUCACCAGCCGAGAGUUCAGCCUGAAGAGGAUGCCCUCACGGAAACCCAUGGGUGUGUUUGGGGUCAAGAUCUCCACAGUGACCAAGCGGGAACGCUCCAAGGUCCCAUACAUUGUCCGGCAGUGCCUAGAGGAGAUUGAAAGGAGGGGUAUGGAGGAGGUGGGCAUCUACAGAGUAUCAGGAGUGGCCACUGACAUCCAGGCCUUGAAGACUGCCUUUGACACCAAUCAUAAAGAUGUGUCAGUGAUGAUGAGUGAGAUGGAUGUCAAUGCCAUCGCUGGGACCCUGAAGCUGUACUUCAGAGAGCUGCCAGAACCACUCUUCACUGAUGAGCUCUACCCCAAUUUUGCAGGCGGCAUCACCCUGUCUGAUAGUGUUGCCAAAGAGAGCUGUAUGUUGAACUUACUGCUGUCACUGCCUGAACCAAACCUGGUCACAUUCCUUUUCCUUUUGGAUCACCUGAAGAGGGUGGCAGAGAAAGAAAGUAUCAACAAGAUGUCUCUCCACAACCUGGCGACGGUGUUUGGGCCAACGUUGCUGAGGCCUUCCGAGAAGGACAGCAAGAUUCCCGCUAACCCCACCCAACCCAUCAGCAUGGGGGACAGCUGGUCCCUGGAAGUUAUGGCACAAGUCCAGGUGUUGCUGUAUUUCCUGCAGCUGGAGACCAUCCCGACCCCGGACAGUAAACGACAGAGCAUCCUCUUCUCCACUGAAGUAUAGAGCUAACAUUGACUCUGCCGACCUGAGACUUUGACCAUGAAGGAAUGAAAAGAGACAGCCCAAUGGCUCAAAAUGAGCCUAUAGUAGUGUGUUUUUUAAUUGACUGACCAGAUUCCUGGAUUGUCUCUGGCUAUGCCUGCCCCCCUCAAACACAAGAGGGCACCAUUGGGCCUCUGAAGCUCGGAGGACCUUGUCGUUCAUAUCUCUCAUUACCUGAUAUUUAGUGUGAUUUCUUGUACCUUCAGUGCUGAUGUGGGUACAUCUGCUAUCUGCAUUUCUCCAUUGCCCUUUGUUGGUCUCUGAACCCUUUACAGUUUGUAGACAGAAGUGGUUCAUAAAUCAAGAAAUCAGUCCAUACGAGAACGAAUACAAUGUCUUUCCUGAUUCUUGAAUUAGUUUGCCAACAAAUCAGAAUUUCCAUGUUCCUUUUGUGUUUGGCCGUUGUUCUCUAGAGUAUGUUUUUAUUUUGGACAAUCAUCAGCUCAACACUGCAAAAUCUGUUUUGUCCAUCUCAAACAUCGCUUCACGUCCUGUUGAGGAAAAUUCUAACCGUGUCUUACAUAAUCUCAGCGUAUUGUUUCUGAGAACACAAGAGGAAACAUUUGUGAACGUCCAGAUCUGCCACAA